UCUACACUUCUGAUGAGAAGCUGUGGUGAUGACUCUAAUGUCGCUCCACCGUGCUCUUGCCAGCUAUAUAAGACCAAUUCUUCUCGUGUCGCUGGUCAGAACUUGCACGUUGUCUCUUGUCUUAUCCACAAAUCAGUCAGCCAUGCCUAUCGAAGAGCGCGGAAUAGCUCGCUUCACCGCCGCCCACCAACAGAGAGAAGGUGGUGGAUUUCUUGUGCGCCGGCCAAUCGGCGGAGAGAUCCGAGAAUGCGACCCUUUCCUGAUGCUGGACCACUUGGGGCCCGUUGUAUACGGACCUGGAGAAGCAGUGGGUGCCCCUGAUCAUCCACACCGUGGCUUCGAGACUGUGUCGUAUAUCAUUGAAGGUGGAAUGCAGCACAAAGACAGUGCGGGCAACAGCGGUACACUUGCACCGGGCUGGGUGCAAUGGAUGACUGCUGGCUCGGGCGUUGUUCACAGUGAAAUGCCGUCUGAUGAGGUGCUGGAGAAGGGCGGGAAGUCUGAGGGAUUUCAGCUCUGGGUCAACUUGCCCAAGAAAGACAAGAUGAUUCCGCCCCGCUACCAGGAUACGCCGCCUGAAAAGAUUCCAGUGGCAACCACAGACGAUGGCCAGGUGACUGUGAAAGUGAUUGCCGGAGAAAGCUUGGGACAGAACGCCUACAUUGAAACACGCACCAAAAUUCUUUUCUUGGACAUCAGGCUGCAGCCCGGUGCCACAUUCGUCCAGCCUGUUCCUUCGAGCUAUGAUGGCUUCGCGUACGUGUGGCGUGGAUCCGGUCAUCUCGGCCCAGACGCGGGCAGCAAGAGUGCGGUAAUGGGAGAUGUUGCCGUUCUCGGUUCUGGUGAUUCGUUCCGGCUGAAGGCGGAAGACAGUCAGUCCAUGUACGUACUGCUUAUCGCUGGAGAGCCCAUUCGUGAGCCGAUUGCACGCCACGGACCGUUCGUCAUGAACACGCAGGCAGAGAUCCGCCAGGCGUUCCACGACUAUCAGACAGGCAAGCUUGGCUCGAUCGACGGGUCAGAGGAGAGAUAUGCUAAGACGGUAGCAGCGAAGCAAAAGCAGCAGUCCACCGGGCGCUGGCAAAAGGACCAAGGUGACCUGUGAUUGUGAACACUGAACAGGUGCUUGCACAUGCACAUACACCAGUAACAGUUGUGGUGCUUAGUGUGUUUAUUUCUUGCUCAAUAGUCACUGUAAUAGUGUUGACUUUAGUCUAUCUGAAGGUACUUGCCAUGGCAUGCUUAUUAGUGUUCAGCAUUAUUCCUGGUUAUGCCAACUCUUGAAUAAAAGGGUUUAGAUGAUAGUCUCGUUCUGAAGUGCUACUGCCUGCACUGUUCCAGUCAGCUGGUAUCACUUGACCAUACAUGUACUCUCCUUCUAUGCAGCUGCUGCUUAUAAGUUAGGUAGUAUUAGGAUGCUUUACGAUUCGAGAAGUGCUGGAUAUUGACUUUCCUUUAUCGAAUUUUUCAAUUGUGUAUUUCUUGAUGUCUUCUUGAUGCAAACUGGCUAUUAGUUCUUUAGGUAUGACCAUAAUUUAUUUUUAAAUACCAUGAUGUUGCCUGCACACUAUGAUGUAGUGUUGCUUGCUUUCCAUUCAAAUCCUGCUUGUUUUAGAUGUCCUAUUUUGCAAUGCCGCACCCUGGAUACCUUCUGUAAUCUGCAUUGUAUUCAUGUAGAUGAUGAUGUCUCUAUUCAAGUAGCCUAUGUGUCUGCUUACGUACGCUUACGCUCCCUCGCCUUAGUUCGGCUUCGUUGGCCACUCUUUCUCAGUUUCUGGUUACAAAGGAACUUGCCCUCAUGCAAAGCCCGCUGUGUUUCUCGCAGUUAGAGCACCCGGACUUCGAUGCUUUGAGCUGGUUUAGACAUGCUUUGCUGCUCACUGGAUUUCACUGUGAUCAGUUCGGCCAUUGACUCUGA